AUGAGUCAGCUGAGCUUAUAAAGUGUGAGGUGGAGGAACACAGAUGCCAAAUGAGCCUGGUCCUCGGUCCGACUGUUUACUUUCAAUUUACUGUGUGGUGUUUUCAGAGCAGAGACACAGCCGCUCUAUUGUUCAGUGUCCAGGCCAUCAAUCUGGACUUGUCUGUCGGGGGGGAGCUACAGGCUGCUGCUUCAUCCCUUUCCUUCAACCUGAGCUCCUUUUCUAGGACAUGGGCGAACAAAAUAAAAUAUUACCUCGGCCCAUUUUCCGCCGUGAUGUGGGAUGGGAUUCCUUUCCAAACUGGACGCAGCCGAGUCGCAUCCUCGCCCGGGACCUCGGGCUCCCUCCCUUUCUGGAGCCGCGUGAUCGGGACUGGCUCGACUGGGCAAAGAAGAGGCUGGAAUCGUUCUCGUGGCCGGCGGACGCGCGGAGCGCCCUUCUGCCUCCGCUGGGGGGUCGGCACCACACGGCCUUGAGCCAGAAGGCUCUGAGGAGGCUGAAGGCUGGCGUGUCGGAGGUCCAAACGGGACCGGGCGGCUGGAAGGUCAACCUGGACGUCAGCCACUUCUCACCGGAGGAGAUCACCAUCACAACCAAGGAGGGCUACCUGCAAAUAUCAGGCAAUCACAAGGAAAAACGAGAUGAGCAUGAAAUGACAUCGAGAUGCUUCACGCGGAAAUACAAGCUCCCACAGGGCGUCGACUUGCAGCACAUCAGCUCAUCGCUCUCUGGCGACGGGGUCCUGUCGGUGGACGCGCCCGUCCACGGAGCUCCCGGCGCUCCCGACGCUGACCCGUCCAGGGAGCUGGUGAUACCGGUUCAGGUCAAAGAGAAGCAGGACGGCUAAAGAACCAUCAAACAAACAGGAAAUGGAGUUCUACAGCUUGAGAAAACUGAUUUACUGCUCAAAUUGUAUCUCUGCCACUAAAGUUUAACACAGCACUUACUUUUGUACGAUUAUAUUUUAACAUAUAAUGUAAUUCAUAGUCAUCGUAGUAACUCGUGUAACUCUAUAAACAGAAAUUACUUAGAUUUAGUUAAAUUUUACUUUUCGAAAAAUCAGUGUAGUGUGUCAAAAGACUAACAAAACCAAGCAAUUUUUACUCUAGAGAAUUAUAUACAUAUAUUAUUAUAUUCUAUUAUUUUAUAUUAUAUCAAGUCUAGGUGAUAGGUGAAACUCUGUAAAGGCAAUGGUUAGAAGAAAGGGAAGUGCUGAGGUACAGUGUUAGUGGAAAUGACCUAAAAGGUAACGGCGACCCCUAGUGUUCAGACAUGGUAUUACAUAAUGUCACUGGAUUUAUUGUGCACAGUAUGUCAUAGGUGGUCACGUGGAUAAGUGCUAUAAUGGAAAUAAAUAUUAAAGUUUG